UCUGGUUCCGCGUGCUCCCGGCUCCCGAGGCGGCCACCCCCAGCCUGGCACUCCGGGAUAGCCUGGCUUCUUCCGCAACCAGAAUUCCGGGCCGAGGAUCCGCCCUCGUGCCUAGCGCUCCUCUCUCGGAGGCGACCAGGGGUUUGCCAACCUGCCCUCCCUGGCCUGGGGCAGUGCAGCUGGAGAAGGACCCCAGAAGACCAAGGAGGACCUGAUCUAAACCCUGGGAAGAUACCAUUUAGGUAUCUAUAUUGCCCCCUAGGACAGCCCCUGCAGAGCCCAGCAUGUGUGGGGGACUGCUGGAGAGGUAUAUGGCUGCCAUGGUGCUAAGUGCAGCUGGAGAUGCCUUGGGAUACUUCAACGGGAAGUGGGAGUUCCUCCGGGACGGGGAGAAGAUACACAAACAGUUGGCCCAGCUGGGCGGCUUGGAAGCCAUCGACGUGGGGCAUUGGAGAGUCAGCGAUGACACUGUGAUGCACCUGGCCACAGCAGAGGCCCUCCUGGAAGCUGGGAAAGCCCCUAACUUGACUCGACUGUAUUCUCUCCUUGCUAAGUAUUACCAAGACUGCAUGGAAGACAUGGAUGGCCGGGCACCAGGUGGUGCCUCGGUGCAGAACGCCAUGCAGCUGGAGCCGGACAAGCCCAAUGGCUGGAGGAUUCCUUUCAACAGCCAUGAAGGUGGUUGUGGGGCUGCCAUGCGGGCCAUGUGCAUUGGUCUCAGGUUCCCUCACCACAGUCAACUGGACAUGCUGAUCCAAGUGAGCAUUGAGAGCGGUCGAAUGACCCACCACCACCCAACAGGCUACCUGGGAGCCCUCGCAUCAGCAAUUUUUACAGCCUAUGCUGUGAAUGGCAAACCCCCGCAGCAGUGGGGGAAAGGACUGAUGGAAGUGCUGCCAGAAGCUAAAAAGUACAUAGUCCAAUCAGGCUACUUCGUGGAGGAGAAUCUGCAGCAUUGGUCCUACUUCCAAAAUCAAUGGGAAAAUUACCUGAAACUUAGAGGGAUUUCUGAUGGCAAGUCAGCCCCUACCUUCCCCCAGCCCUUCGAUGUGAAGGAGAGGGAUCAGUUCUACACCUCUCUGAGCUAUUCUGGCUGGGGUGGCAGCAGCGGACACGAUGCCCCCAUGAUUGCCUAUGAUGCCAUCCUUGCCGCGGGAGACUCCUGGAAGGAGCUUGCCCACCGAGCCUUUUUCCAUGGUGGAGACAGCGAUUCUACAGCAGCCAUUGCUGCCUGCUGGUGGGGAGUUAUGCAUGGUUUUAAAGGAGUGAGUCCCUCCAACUAUGAGAAGCUAGAAUACAGACACAGGCUGGAAGAGGCAGCUAGGGCUUUAUAUUCUCUUGCGUCAGAGAAAGACACUGCAAUGAGCCUUUAGGGAGAUGUGAGGUUCAUUUCCUGGGGCUCCUUCUGUUCAGUUUCUUUUCACUUUUUAACCUUGUACUCAGGGAGUUUUGAGACAAGUCCCUUGAGCACAUUGAGGUCAAGCUUUCCAGACUCAUCCUUUUCUUUCUGAAGCUAUUGUAAUAAAGUCUUUUAUCUUUGUUGAUGGGGUCCACAUCUCCUAAGCUAGAAAUCUCAUCGCCUCGCAUUUGAGUCUUCAUUUUCAUCAUCCAAUCAUUCUAAAAGAUUUUUCUGUUUCUUCUUCAGUUGGGUUACCCCUGCCCCAAGUGGACUCUGAGACAAGGAUUUAUUCGAGUGGAAGGAGUUUAUUUGGAAGGCAGUUCCAGGAAGCAUGAGUAGGAGAAUGGGGAAGUGAGACUGGGAGGGAAAGGAAGCGAACAGGGUGUGUGAGUGAGCAGGUUUCCACUGUGGGCAGUUGGGCUGCAGUCCAUCUGGGCCCUCUGCCUAAGGCAGUCUGCAGAGUUAUUCCACCUAAAGAGCAAGCAAGCCUGGGGUAUUGAUCCACCAACUUCCAUCUGGUAUAUCUCAGCUUGCCUUUUGCACAAGCCAAACAUGAAUGUCUUCAGAUGGAGGACUCAGAGAUGCUUGCAACAGUGAGCUGUAAGGUAUAUGGGAACAGUGAGAGGUGCACGUGAGGCCCUAACAGCAUCUGUUAGGCUGUUGUACCUCUUAAUAUACUUUAGAUCUAUAUUCUUUUACUUCGUUGCACUGAGUAUUUUUCAGUGAAUUCUGCAAUCCAAGGAGCUCAGGCCUAGGCAGAUGCUGCUUCUAGCUUCUCUCAGGAGUUCCUCGUGGCCUUUCAAAUGUUACCAGUUUUGUUAGUAUCUGCUUGUCUGUAUUCUCCCCUGACAGAACAUAGCCCAGUGCCUGGGCACCCAGUAGACACUCCAUCAGUAUAUAUUAAAUGAAUGCUGCUACCUGCUCUCCUAUCUGGUGUCCCCUCGUGACCCUUGGGAGUUAUCUGGACAAAUAGUUUGAUCAUGCUAAGCUUCUAGUCAGGUUCCAGUAAAUACAUCAUCCCCUUUAUUUCUUGACGCAAUUCUUUCUCCUUUUCUGCCUGGUAAAUUCUCACUCAUCCUCCAAGGCCCAGCUCAGACAGAACCUGCCAGGUGAAAUCUCUGAUUGCCAGGCAGUUGGUCACUGUCAUCUCACUUCAUCCAUGGCCUUCUGUCCCAGCCCUGUCACCACACUGAUCCUGUUGUGGAGUGAUGGUGUGUUCUGGGUCAACCUCAGGCACACACUGUCCAGCAACCAGCUGGCUUGGAAAUGAGAAGCCAUGUCAUCUUUCUGUGAUCACCUCCAGUCUGCCAGGAGAGUAGGUAAAGGCCCAUCCUUGUUGGGUGUUGUUGGGUGGUGAGGAUGAGAACUCCUGUGCUUCCCCUUACAGUACAACCCCAGAAUGUGACUCCUGUGAUUUCUCCUACAGAUCUCUGGUUUUCAGCUGGGAGUGGGGUUGGGAGAUCUGAUAACAGCAGUCCAGCUAUCUACAGGGCUUUGUCUUUCCAAGUCCUUCAGCCUCUUUAGGGUGUGGUGGAGGAGGUGGAGGGAGGGUUGGGGGUGUCUUGGCAUCUGUUCUGUGCUGUGGUGCUUCACCACAAUUGGAGACAACCAGAAAAUAGGGGGGGAAAAAAACUCUUAUUAUAUUUAGUUACUCAUUCUCACUCUUCAUCACAGGCACACCUCAAAAAAUUGACUUUUAGACUCCCUUUUCUCAAACCUCAACAUUCCUCCCCAAACCUCACUUUUGGCUGAUGACCUCGCUUCCUAUUUCUCUAAGAAAAUAGAAGCGAUGAGAAGAGAACAAUCACACCCUCCCAUCAUCACCUCUGCCCAUCCACCUGCAUCAUCCUUCCUGACCAUAGUGCUGCAGAAAGAGGGGGAGGGAGAGGGAGAGGGAUGAAGGAGAGGGGGAGAGAGUAAGGAGGAAGAAGGAUGAGAAUGAAUGGGGGAAUGAGAUAAACUUCACUCUAUGCAUAAUGUUAGAGUAAACCAAUAAAAAUGAUCUUAAACACAGUAA